CGGUGAUGCACCAAAUAGAGGAAUACAACAGAUUGUUGGAAAAACAAAAGCAAUUAAUGGAUGAAGAACAAACUAAAGUUGCAUCUACCUCCAAUGGAUUUCAUUCUCAUGCUGUUUCAUCACUACCUUAUUCUAAUAUCCCCGAUUUUAUUGAGAAUCCUUAUGUUUAUGCGCCGGAAACUACAGAAGGAUUAAUUAAUGGGGGUAUGGCUGAUAUGUUUGCUCAAGGAGAUAUUCCAACCAUGCCUCAUAUUCAAAAUUCAAACGGCAGAUCAUCAUCAUCAUCUGGUAUGGUUGACAUGUCUGUUCAUGAAGAAUUUCCAGUACCUGCAUGUUCAAGUUCUUCUCCUCACAUGUUUGGUUCUGAUGUAAAUGUCAAUGAGGCCAGCCCAAAUGUAGGCAAUGCUUCCGCUAUGCCGAUCACUAGUGCCAACUCUACCUUACAUUCGGUGAAUGAAUCAGUUGCGGAUCGUCCAUUCACUUAUGCGAUCGGAAAGGGUUUAGCUUAG